AUGUCCGGAAACCCUGGAAAUGCAUUGAGAGCGCUUACUCCAACACCUCCGGAACGUGGUUCUUUCCCAUUGGACCAUGACGGCGACUGUACGAAGCAGAUGCAAGAGUACAUUAAAUGCAUCAAGCUGGUAAAGGGCGAAAACGCCCCUAACUGCCGCUUACUGGCAAAAGAGUAUUUGAAAUGCAGAAUGGACCAUCAACUGAUGGAUAGAGACGAGUGGAAGAACUUGGGACUGCCCGAAGACAGCAAGGAAAAGUAG